AUGUCUUGGGCUUCACGUUUAGGCAACCUUGGGCGCUUCUCGCCGUUUGCUCGAGAGCCGCCAAAAGGGCCCAGCACUGUGAGUGAGGCCGACUUCAGCUACAUCACCUCCGACGACCUGCGAAGAUUCGACGCCGAGGCCGGCGGGCAGCACAACGACGACCUCGGGCCCGCUCGGGACACCGACGUCCUCCAAUUGAAAAACAACGGCACAACCUACCAAGUCCACUUCCCCGCCUAUAGCAUCGGCAAGGGCGAGGUCACCAUCGGCCAGAUCCGCGACCAUGCAGCGAGGAAAAUCGGGAUUUCGAACCCCCAGAGGAUAAAAUUGGUGUCGAAGGGGAAGACAUUGGCGGACGAUAAACGGACUAGCCGGCAGGAAAACCUAAGCCACAAUGCGGCCAUCCUCUGCAUCGCCUCCGAAGGACAGGGCUCAGAUGACGACGAGGAGGACGAUGACGGAGAGUACGAUUCCCCCGCGCAGGACGGCGAGUCGACCAAGAAGAAGCGCAACCGCGGCAAGAAGACCAAGCGGCGAAACAAGCGCGAAACCCAGGAUGCACCUCCCCGACCUGCAGUCGCUGCACCCACGACGCCGCUCGGCAAACUCGACGCCUUGCGCGUUGUCCUCGAGACGUUCAUUCCACAAUGCCAGGCUUUCGAGGCCUCGCCGCCCGCGGAUCCCGCGAAGCGAUCUUACGAGCACAAGCGUCUCUCGGAGACGAUCCUCACGCAGGUGCUACUGAAGAUCGACGCCGUGGAGACGGAUGGCGAUGCCGAGGCGCGGGCACGGCGGAAGGAACUGGUGCGGGAGACGCAGGAGCUGCUAUCCGGACUGGACGCCGUGGUGAAAGGUUGA